AUGGUGAAGAGAAGUAAAAAGAGUAAGAGCAAGAGAGUAUCGUUGAAGCAGAAGUACAAGGUCAUACGGAAGGUGAAGGAGCACCACAAAAAGAAGGCGAAAGACGCCAAGAAGCGGGGCUUGAACCGCAAGCCCAAGGUCGAGAAGGACCCUGGUAUUCCCAAUGACUGGCCCUUCAAGGAACAAGAGCUUAAGGCUCUCGAAGCUCGUCGAGCUAAGGCUCUCGAGGAAUUGGAGGCAAAAAAAGCCGCUCGCAAAGAGAGGGCUCAAAAGAGAAAGUUGGGAUUAUUAGAGGACGGUGACAUCUCGAAUUUGGCUGACACCGUUUCUGUGAAAGAACAGAAAUUUGGUGAGAGAAGAGUUAAUAAGGAUUCUACUGGAAUCCCUAAGAGUAGGGAUAACUCGGACAGGGCUUUCUACAAAGAGUUGGUGAAAGUCACUGAAGCAUCAGAUGUCGUGUUGGAAGUGCUUGAUGCUCGAGAUCCUCUUGGUACCCGAUGUGUUGAUAUGGAAAAAAUGGUGAUGAAAGCCGGUCCUGAUAAGCAUCUUGUGUUGCUCCUCAACAAGAUCGACCUUGUCCCUCGGGAAGCUGCUGAAAAGUGGCUCACGUAUCUUAGGGAGGAAUUACCAACAAUUGCAUUCAAGUGCAGCACCCAAGAGCAGAAGUCAAACCUGGGGUGGAAAUCUGCCUCAAAGGCUGCAAAACCAAGCAAUCUUCUGCAAACUAGCGAUUGCCUUGGAGCUGAAACUCUGAUUAAAUUACUGAAGAAUUACUCAAGAAGCCAUGAUAUCAAGAAAUCAAUUACAGUCGGUGUUAUUGGCCUGCCUAAUGUUGGCAAGAGUAGUUUGAUUAAUAGCUUGAAGAGAUGUCAUGUUGUCAAUGUUGGUGCUACUCCAGGAUUAACAAGGUCUAUGCAAGAAAUUCAGUUAGACAAGAAUGUUCGGUUGUUGGAUUGCCCAGGGGUUGUGAUGCUUAGAUCUGGAGAGAGCGAUGCAUCUAUUGCUCUUCGAAACUGCAAGAGAAUUGAGAAGUUGGAUGAUCCAAUUGGUCCAGUGAAGGAAAUUCUCAAUCUUUGUCCGGCCAGAAUGUUGGUGACGUUAUACAAGAUCCCCAGCUUUGAAGCAGUUGAUGACUUUCUUCAAAAGGUUGCGAUUGUUAGGGGUAAGCUUAAAAAGGGUGGGAUUGUGGAUGUUGACUCUGCUGCAAGGAUCGUUUUGCAUGACUGGAAUGAGGGUAAAAUUCCAUACUACACGAUGCCUCCAACAAGGAAUGAAGGCAAGCCUUUGGAGGCAAAGAUUGUUUCUGAAUUUGGAAAGGAGUUCAGUGUGGAUGAAGUUUAUGGUAGUGAGUCCUCAUUCAUCGGCAGCCUUAAGGGUGUCGAUGACUUUGACCCUGUUGAAGUUCCGCCAAACAACCCUGUCAAUUUCGAUGAGAGGAUGCUUGAGGAUGAUGUACGGCCACAGCCAUCAACUGGAGGCGAAAUUCCACCUGGCAACUUAAUUGACGGUGGGGAUGACGAGUCCAUGGGAUCUGACAAAGAUAAUGCAAGAGAGGCAAAGGUCAAGACUGUGAGUAGCAGACAAAACGAGAAGCUGUAUAAUGCAGACGGUGUGCUUAACACCAAGUUGAGGAGAGCAGAGAAGAAAAAAUGGAAAAAAGCCGGUAAAUCAUUUGGAACGGAAGAUGCCAUGGAUGAUGAUUACAAUUUCAAGGUGGAUUAUGUGAGGGGUGAAGCUGCCAUGGAUGUUGCUGAAGAAGGGGACAUAGCUGAUGAUAACACUAAAAACAGGUUUGAGGUGCCCUCAGGAGUAGAGCUUGAUGCUUAA